AAAUAUGCGUAACCAAUGGGACAUCAGAUCAACACAGUAGCGCCUCAAAGUAAACAGAUCAGCAAACGUCAAAAACCACAAAACGAACUAUAUAAUCCUAAAUUGUACAAAAAAACUGCGUGCUUUAAUAUCGCGACUCUGUGUUUAUUGCUGUCGUUCUUUUAUUGGCAAACGUUUAUUUCGACCUUCAAGUAGUGAGGUUUUAAGCGUUCUCUCGUUAGCUCGCUAGCAGUGUUUACCUAAUCAAUGAUGACCUUAGGUUACAUCUAACCGUCGAUUCGAGAGAAGUAGUUUGUUCAACGACUUCCUACUGGAAGUCUUCUAGAUAAUGCUAGCGCCAGACAUCUAAGGUGAUGAAAUCUGAACAACACAAUCCUGCGAUGGCUGCCAACGCACAGCUGAGUCUGGUUGGCGGUUCGGUCACCGGCUGCUCCUCAGCCGGUGGCCGCGGUCGUCAGACGUUCAGAAGUUCGGCCCAUUCCCAAAGCCUGCUGGACAGCCUGCUGGGGCUUAGGCAAGCUGGCAUCCUGUCGGACGUGGUGCUUCUGGUGGAGGGUCGAGCACUCCACGGCCACCGCGUGCUUCUCGCUGCUGCUUGCGAUUAUUUUAGAGGGAUGUUCACUGGAGGCCUUCGCGAGAUGCAGCAGAAUGAGAUCCCAAUCCACGGAGUGUCUUAUUUGGGCAUGAACAAAAUACUGGACUACAUCUACACUUCAAAGAUAGAGCUAGACCUGGACUGUGUGCAGGAAGUCCUAAUAGCGGCCACAUUGGUGCAGCUUGAGGAUGUCAUAGGCUUUUGCUGCGAGUUCCUCUUCUCCUGGCUGGACGAGAGCAACUUAUUGGAGAUGCAUCACCUCGCCGAUCUCUACGGACUGCGGCAACUCAAUGCCAGAGUCCACGCCCACAUCCUGAGCAACCUGCAGGCUUUGUCCCGCACAGACGUCUACCGGCGACUCCCCCAAGAAGAAGUCUUCCAAGUUCUAAGCAGUGAUGAGCUGGAUGUGCAAAGUGAGAAUGAGGUGUACGAGGCAGCGCUUCACUAUCACUACAGUCCUGAGCAGGUGGAGAGUGACCAGGUGUACUUGCAGGACAAUCUCAAGAUGCUUGAUGCUGUGCGCUUCUGCCUAAUGGAGAAGCAAGUGCUGCAGAGGUUGCACGAUAAACUGGAUCAGUGCCCGCUAAAGGAAGCCGUGUCUGCUGCCCUGCAUUACCAUGAGCAGGAGAUGUGGCAGCCUGUCCUUCAGAGUCCUCUCACACAGCCUCGUUCCACCUUCUACUGUAUUUUGGCCUUCGGGGGGAUGUUCGCUUCCCCCUCUCAUACGGACAACGAGCACCUGUUCCACGUGUUCCACCCUAGCUGGAAGGAGUGGAGGGCUCUUAAUUCAGUGAACACUCCCCGGAUGUCCAACCAGGGAAUUGCUGUGCUCAACAACUUUGUGUAUCUUAUUGGUGGAGACAGGAACACCAGUGGAUUUCGUGCAGAGACUCGAUGCUGGAGAUACGACCCUCGUCACAAUAGUUGGUGCUCCAUCCAACCUUUGCAGCAUCAGCACGCGGACCACUGCGUUUGUGUGGUGGGCGGGCAUAUUUACGCUAUCGGAGGUCGCGACUACAGCAAGGAGUUGUCCUCAGUGGAGCGCUAUGACCCGCAUACUAACACCUGGGAGUUUGUGUCCCCUCUCAUUAGAGAGGUUUACGCCCAUGCCGGAGCGGUGCUAGAUGGCAAGAUUUACAUCACUUGUGGACGCAGAGAGCGGGCGUACCUAAGCGAGACCUCCUGUUACGACCCGGUAGCCAACCACUGGACGGCAUGUGCGGACGGGCCAGCAGGGCGAGCGUGGCACGGCAUGGCUGCUGUAAACAGACGCCUCUAUGUCAUUGGUGGAAGUAAUGACGAGCAUGGCUACCGGCGGGAUGUCUUACAGACGGCGUGCUUUGAUCCCUCAGACAACUCAUGGACUUUACUGACCCCACUCCCUGCUGGCCAUGGGGAACCCGGCAUGGCAGUAUUGGACGGUCGCAUCCACGUAGUGGGAGGACGCUCCCACAACAAAGGCAACCGAAUGAAAUACGUUCACGUGUUCAACACCGACACAGGCGAGUGGGAGAGCGACGCUCCCAUGAAGGAGCGCGUCUCGGGCCUGGCCGCCUGCGUGGCGCUCAUGCCACCAGCUGUGAUGGCACUCGCCAAGAGCUUGGAGCAGCACAUCAAGUUAUUGUGGGGAGAUGACUUUUCCAGCUCACACACAAGCACGGAUGAAGACUAAUGAUUAAUGAGCGCUAAGGUACCUUUUGUCAUGUAUAUCUAAGUAUUUGUGGCAGCAUUACAUCAUGCUAGCUGCCCUUUCUUAUUAGUGCCUCUGAAUUGAAUGUGUGCAUUAAACUUUAUUUCCCCGAUUAGCGAUGGGCAUAAGGGUGGAUUCUUUGAAUUCCAUUUUCCAUAGCACGGUGCACUGAAGCCUAUCCCAGCUUACUUGGGGCUGGAUAUACCUACAAGUGGCUCUUUGAUACACUAGACAAUAUUGGACUGUGCAUUUGGUACUUGGCCCUUCAGUGGGGACUUACUUACCCAACUUAAUGCUACCGGAGAUGCUGGUUUCGAAAUGUAUUGGGCAGACUGCUACAGUAUAUUGGGACUUGAGUGUAACAAGUCCCAUUUUUAAUAUAGACUGCGUCAGAAGGCCAUGGGCAUCUUUGAUUGGCAUGAAACCUGAUUGGAUAAAAUCAUCAAUGGACAGUGCAGCCAAAUAAAACAUCACAAGGUAGUGUAAUAUUUGCUCCCAACAAUGGUUAAAAUACAAAGUUAAAAUAUGCAGUGUUAUUCUGUCAAACAUGACACAAAACAGGAGUUCACAACUUUUGAGCAGAGAUUCUCCCAUCCCUUUUGAAAUAAUGUUCAUUGAUUAUUACACUGGUAAACAAAUAUAUAUAUUUUUUAAAUAUUUGUCAGAUGCAAGUAAAAAUUUCUAGACUAUUUUUUU